AUCACUGCAGUGCUGAGAAUAAUGACCCACCACCCAAAUAAUAAUAUCUGCUCUGUGGUGGUCCUGAAGUAUACAGGGAAUCAGAUGGAGUACAAAGUGCCCUAUAUGGUCAGUAAUGCUGAUCAAAUGAAAAAAAAAAUAUUGUAGAAACUAGGAUAUGCUUAAUGUUAUGGCUGAUCUUUAUAUAAGUGCUGUCUGUUGUUUUUUUUUUUUUUUUUUUUUAUAUAUAUAUAUAUGUAGUGCUGUGCAGUCAUUAGAGACCUAUCCUUUGUUUAAUCAAUGACCAAUCAAAACAGCUGCUGAGUUACUCUAGUAAUUUAUUACAGCUUUUGUUCCUUUCGUAACACCUGCUUUUCAGUUUUCUUCAGAGGGAGAUUUUCCCAAACUUACAAAGUUCAUUCUUAGACGUGGAAGCUUGUGAAAAAUGUGAACGAUCCUCGUCAGACGUUUCAUUUAUUAUCGUUUAGUAAAGUUUACUUUUGCUUUUUUUUUUUUUUUUUUUUUUUUUUUUUGCUAUUUUACAAUUUCUAUACAUUGUUCUAUUGUUUGUGUAGGUAUAGUUAAUAAUGCAUUAAGAAAAAUACCAUUUAUUAACAUAGCAGAACCACCAUUUAAAUCAUUCUAAUCACAACAUUUACCUCAGCAGUGCUAUUUUAACCAUCAUUUUACCUCAGCACUGUCAUUUUAAUCAUAAUUCAGAAAUUAACUUCGCCUGCUGCCACCAUUGAAAACGAUUUUAAUGUAAGAGGAAACACUGCUGUUUGAAUUAAAAUAAAUGAGUCAAUGAGUCAUUGUUUGGUAUGAAUUAUUAUUAUUAGUCUUCUUUUCACUUAAUCGGACAAACACUGAAAGCAUUUCUUUUUCCAGUUCCCAGUUAAAAGUAUUAAAAAUUUAAGUACCCAAGGCCUGUCUAUGACUUGCACAGUACUUUAUCUGUGAUAUUAUUAACUUUUUGAUAUUAUUAUUGUUUUUUGUUUGUUUUUUUUAGCAAAUACUUGCUUUUCUGUAAUUCCCACUACUUUUUAUUGUAUAGUACUUUUCUUAUGUAAUGUCAUUUCUUAUGUAGACCUCCUGUUUGCUGCUGUUUGGAAAAAAAAACAAUCACUCUGUUAGAGUACACUGUCACUCCUGCCAAUUUAAGAGCAGCUGUUUUGUUUUCUUGGCCUUGAGAUCUUUCCUGAAUGUUCUGAAGUGUGAAUGAGCUGGAGUGGUGGAUGGUUUGUAGCUGGUAAUGAUUAAUGUGCUGCAGGACCGUGGCCUGUAUACAGAAUAUCGUUUUAAUGUUACAUUAUAUCAAAAUCAGCGGCUGCUGUGCUCGGGACAUUGUCGUAUUGUAGAUUGUUUGAGAGUCUCAGGCUUCUCUCAGUUGAUUUAAUGGUUUCUUUGCUUCGUGCUGACGAGUUUUCUCUCAUCUCUGCGCUGUAAACGCUGUGGGUAAUUGCUGUUGCGACAUCGCUCUGUUACCUUUUUGGUAAUAAAACCUCCUUACAUUUUAACCAGCAUGUGUGCGUGUGUGGUCUUAUAUAAGGAGUGGAGGAAUGAUGGAGUUUGAUCCCUACAGCAGCUUCUAGGCAGCAUGACGGCGCUACGAGCGUCCGAAGGGUGAGUGCUCCACAGCCUGUAGAGCCAUGCGAACGCUCUGGAAUAGAAGCCUCAGACUCAGACCGGUUCCCCGUCUCUGAGCUCCUCAGCGCUGAGUGUGAAUCGUGCUGCUUGCUGAUCGCCAUGGCGAGCACAGAGAUACCUGGUGUCUCCCCGACGCCCACUGAAGGGGGUUCAAAGGGGGCGCAGAUGCUGCCUGCUGCAGAUAUAGCUGUGCUGGUUGUGUAUUUCCUUUUGAUCCUGGCAGUGGGAUUAUGGUCUAUGUGGAAAACCAAGAGGAGCACAGUGAGUGGAUAUUUCUUGGCAGGCAAGAACAUGACCUGGUGGCCGGUGGGAACGUCUCUGUUUGCCAGUAACGUGGGCAGUGGUCACUUCAUUGGGCUGGCUGGGUCGGGGGCUGCGUCCGGCAUUGGCCCGACUGCGUAUGAAUGGAACGGUAUGCUGAUGGUUCUGCUUCUUGGUUGGCUCUUCCUACCCAUCUACAUCGCCGCAGGGGUGACAACCAUGCCUGAGUAUCUGCAGAGAAGAUUUGGAGGCAAAAGAAUACAGAUAUUUAUUGCCAUCUUGUAUUUAUUUAUUUACAUCUUCACUAAAAUCUCUGUGGAUAUGUAUGCCGGUGCUGUAUUCAUUCAGCAGGCUCUGGGUUGGGAUAUUUACCUUGCUGUAAUUCUUCUGCUGGUCAUUACUGCUCUCUACACGGUAGCAGGUGGUCUUGCAGCCGUUAUCUACACUGAUGCAGCACAGACUCUCAUCAUGCUGAUGGGGGCUCUGACCCUCAUGGGCUUCAGUUUUGCGGAGGUUGGAGGUUGGCAGGCUCUGUUUGAUGGCUACAGCAAUGCCAUUCCCUCAAUCAGAGACCCAAACACCACCUGCGGGAUCCCACGUGAAGACGCGUUUCACAUAUUUCGCCAUCCCGUGACCUCUGAUCUUCCCUGGCCAGGCGUGCUGCUGGGCAUGUCCAUCCCCUCCAUGUGGUACUGGUGCUCCGACCAGGUUAUAGUGCAGCGCUCCUUGGCUGCUAAGAACCUGCUGCAUGCUAAGGGAGGUUCUCUACUGGCCUCGUACCUCAAAGUUCUGCCCUUCUUCAUGAUGGUGCUGCCGGGCAUGAUCAGCAGAAUACUAUAUCCAGAUGAGGUAGGAUGUGCAGAUCCGGAGGUGUGUAAAGAGGUUUGUGGAAAUUCUGUGGGCUGCUCGGACAUUGCCUACGCCAAACUGGUCAUGAACCUCCUCCCAGCCGGACUGCGGGGUUUGAUGAUGGCGGUGAUGCUGGCUGCUCUUAUGUCUUCCCUGACCUCCAUCUUCAACAGCUCCAGCACUCUCUUCACUAUGGACCUGUGGAGACACAUCCGCCGCGCUGCCACGGAGUGGGAACUCAUGAUAGUGGGCAGAGUGUUUGUCCUGGUGUUGGUGGUCGUAUCCGUGUUAUGGAUCCCCCUGGUUCAGUCCAGCCAGGGUGGUCAGCUCUUCAUCUACAUCCAGUCAAUCAGCAUCUACCUGCAGCCACCGGUGUCUGUGGUGUUUAUGGCCGGCUGCUUCUGGAGAAGAACGAACGAGAAGGGGGCGUUCUGGGGCUUGGUGCUGGGUCUGCUGGUGGGAGUGGUGCGGAUGAUUCUGGAUUUCGUCUAUCCCGCGCCGCAGUGCUUCGAGAGCGACAGCAGGCCUGAUGUUAUUAAAUACGUUCACUACCUGUACUUCUCCAUCAUCCUCUCUCUGCUCACACUCGCUGUGGUGGUGUGUGUGAGCCUGGCCACAGAGAAGCCCACCAGAGAACAGAUAAGUCGGCUGACGUGGUUCACGAGGUUCGAUCCCGUGCAGAUCAGCGAGGUGGAUAAAGAAGCUGGAAUCUUUACAGUUGAUGAAAAGAGAGGAGAAACCACUGAAGAGCCAAUAAAAGACACAGGGAAUGCUGGGAAAGCUCAGUCGAAGCUGAAGGCCACUCUGCUCUGGCUCUGCGGGAUGGAUCAGGGGUCUGGAGAGAAAGCCCCGCCCCCUCCACCAGAGGCCGUGGUGAGUUCCCUGGAGGAAGACCCCUGCAUGAGGCACGUGGUCAACGUCAACCUCAUUGUGUGCCUGUCAGUCGCAGUGUUUCUCAUCGCCUACUGGGCCUGACAGGAGUCUUCAUACCAGCAACACCAGCAAGAUCCACAUGGUGCAGAAUGGAAUGGGAACGUGGCUGAACCGAGCAGUGAAUCACAAGUAAAAUAACAGUGUUGAUUCCACAUGGCGAUGGACUCAUGAACAAAAAGCAGGUUUGGCAUGAAGAAUCUGCCUUCCUGAGAAUUUGAAGCUGGAGGUGAUACACAGUUUAUUUAUGAAUUAUUAAUUAUGUAGCUGUACAUUUUUAACAAGUUACUGCAAUAAUGAGAUUAAUUGAGCCGCUCCACUGAAACGCCUUUUGGGGAAAUCAGUUAUUUUAUUUAAUUUGAUUUAAAAACUGACUCAUAUUUCUCCAUUAACCCAAUAGAACCCAGACCCAGUUCUGAUAAUGGAUACAGGAGGGCAUAUGACAAUUCAUAACUUAAAUUUUAAAUUUAAAUUUUACAGUUUGUUCCAGAAAUUGUACCAGAAUUAAUUAUAUGUAAUAUAAAACAUUUCAUAUCUUUUGGACAGAGGUGGAAAAAGUAUUGAAAAAUUGUAAUUAAGUAAAAGUAGCUUCACUUUGCUAGAAUUCUACUCAAGUAAAAGUAAAAGUACCCAUCUAAAAAUCUACUCGAGUAAAAGUAAAAAAGUACUCAAUUUAAAAUGUACUUUGAGUAAAAGUUACAUAGUUACUUUUAUUUAUUCGAUGUAAAAAAUUACAACAAAUUAUAAAUUAAAUCGUUUUUAAUGAAUUAUUAUUCCACAUAAUAAUUUGGACCUUUCAGGCAGUAUUUAUUCAGACCACCCCAUAAAACAUUUUCAAGAACAAGUGGUAUAGGUUUCUAUCAUCCAUUUUUUUUCUUUACUGUUAAAGAGUUAUGGUCAUAUAUGACUAUAAACUGUAUUUUUUAUAGUUUUACCGUUUACCAUUAUUUUUUUUUAACUUGCCAUUGCUAUGCUUUAACUACUGCAUCUGCGCCUUUUUUUUUUUUUUAAAUUCAGACAAUUGCUUUUUUUUCCCAGCAUUUUAUUUUGUACUCAGCAAUUGGGAGUUUUCCAAUGUAGCAAAGUGAAUUACUUGUGUCAAAAUGAACUUGAGUAAAAGUAAAACUACCUAUUUUAAAAACGACUUUAAAAAUUACAAAUUACUCACAAAAAAUACUCAAUUACAGUAACAUGAGUAAAUGUAAUUAGUUACUUUCCACCUCUGCUUUUGGUGGCUGGGAACCUUAAUCUGAAUGACUUUUUUUGUAUAAUGCUGUUAUUCCUUUACAUUCUGGCUCCACAAAGUCAACAUUGUAAAUGUACAAAGUAUAUCUUAUUAAAAUGGAAUUAGUUAUAUGGAAUGUAAAACAUUUCUGUAGAAGCAAAAAUACACUUUUAAAGGGAGAUAAAGGAAAGAUUUCUUUCAAGCACCAACCCAACACACCUAAAUUCUGUAAAUAAGUUCAAAUGAACAAACAUGAAUGAUUAACACACCGUCCUGUGAUGCUCUCAGGAUGUUCUGUGUCACAUGUUCAUGUAUUUAACCCUCCUGUUAUGUUCCGGGUUAAUUUGACCCGUUUUAAAGUUUAAAGAUCCAGGAAAAAUAGUUAAAAGUAUUUUUUUCACUAGGAAACUUCUUCUGCUUGCCUUAAUUAGUGUAAUCAAUAUAUAAUAUUAAAAUAUUUAAUCUCACAUAUUUGCAACUGCACCCUGAAAAAACUAAAUCUAAAACAAAUUGCAAUGUUGUGUUUCAAUGUAAUGUAAAAAUGUUGUUUUAUAUACUAUUUUAAAAGUAAUAAAGUAAAGUAGUGAAACAUUUAAAACGUUUAAACAUGUGUUUUUUUUUAAUGAAAAACGAGUGAAUUAUCCUUAAUGAACCACUACCUGUUAGAGGUAAGAAACAAUAUUGCACUAAAUACUGAUAGUAAUUAAAUAUUUACACUGAUUUUUCUGACUUUCAGACAUCUUUUGGAUAAUUAAACAUGCACCGGGUCAAAUUAACCCCGGAACACCAUUGCCAUUCCUGAUAAAUCAACAUAAUAGGAGGGUUAAGUUCAAAUGAAGGACAGAGUGCUGUAAGGGCUCUUUGGAGUUAAUGAAGACAUAAAAUAACAGAUUUCUCCAAAUUAUUAUUUUUUUUUCAACUGGAAUGGCUCAGUGGUGGUCUUUUAUUUUUUUAUUUUGAAUAAAGUUUCUUUUAAAGUU